AUGAACUAACAAAAAAUACUGAUUUCAACAAAACAGGACCUAUGGAAUCUAUAAAAUUAAGUUAGUUAUUAAAUUGAAGAUAAUUGCCACUUCUUGAAAUUAAUUGAUGAGACUAAUUAAAAAGUUAUAGAAAAACUAAUUAAACAAUAAGAAAAACUUUAAAUACUAAUCACUAAAUUAGAUUAUUUUCAAAUAUAACCAUAAGUCAACUAUCUUGAUUAAAUUUUGAAACAUCAGUACUAAUACGAAUUAAAAUUAUCUGAAGAUUUAGAAUUGCCAUGUUACAGAAACCGAAUAUUUUCUAUUCGAUUCAAUCUCAUGUAUCAAGAUUAAAUAGUCAUUAAUGCAAACAAAAUAAUUGUUGAACUUGAGAUGUACUAUACUAAAAUUAAUUCUAAGUUGGACAUAUGAUGAAUAACCAAAAAAAUUGUCUCAUAAUAAUCAAGGAGAAUCAAUCUAUAAAGGAUGUCAAUAAGCAUUUAUAAGAGAAGGAUAAGGACGUCUAAAUAAAAUUUAGAUAAAAGAAGUAUCUUCACAUUUUCCUAGAGGAUAAUUUGUACUCGUAAUAGUACCAGUAAAUGAUCAUGGUGUUAUUGGAAAUCAAAAGUAAAUAUUUCUUAUUAAAUCAAAUUAGAUUAGGUGAGAUUAAAAAAGAAUAGAUCAAACCAUUAGUCUUAAAUGAAUUUGUUGUUAAAGCAAAAAGAUUCUCAAAUCGUCAUAUUCCUUACUUUAUUAAGAAAGAUGGAACUGUUACAAUGAAACCUAUCUGA